GAAGAAUUCUCAACGGCACUUGUAACCUGUUACUGAACUCUUACAGAAUGGCAGCAGUAUCCCAUCCGCAGUCCCACGCUGGCUUGAAACCAUGGAACAAGGACCAGGAUACCGUCUACGCCCUCAACCGCGGCGACCUCACUAAAGAACGUGAGCGACUCGAGUACAAUCACAGGAACAUCUUCCUCCCUCUUUGCGGUGGACUCUGUCCUCAGCAAAUCUUGACACAUCUUAAGGAUCAGCAGAACCCUCGCGUUGCAGAAAUCGCCACCGGCACCGGCAUCUGGCUGAGAGACAUGGCAAAGUUGCUCCCCUCCAGCGCCGAGCUACGAGGCAUUGAUAUGGACACCACCAAAUUUCCGCCACCAUCUGACUUGCAUCCAAAUAUUUGCCUUCUGCAGCAUAAUGCGUUGAAGCCGUUUCCAGAGGAAAUGCAUGGAUUGUUCGACAUGAUACACAUACGCUUGAUUGGAUCUGGGAUGCGAAACGAGGAUUGGAAAACUGUGGCGGCGAAUGCGUUCACGCUCUUGCGCUCCGGGGGGUACAUCCACUGGGAAGAAGCCGGCGAUACGUCCUGGAAGUGCGUCCCGCCCAGCCACGCGUUCGACGAGUGGUCUCGAAUCAGAAUGUUGUGGUCCAUUAAAGUUGGCCGCAAUCCAUUCAUGCCCGCUCAACUUCCCCUCGUGCUCCGAGACGCUGGCUUCGCGAAUAUCGACAACAAAGUCUGGAAUACUUUCAGUGUGGAGGGCAUGAUGCGAGAGUCGAUGAGAAAGAUAGCCACCGAGGUUGCUCAGCCAGUAAUGCUGUCUAUACUUGAAUCUGGAGGCGUUGACACUCUUCAAACUACUGAAGACAUGGACAGGCUUGAGUCAGACUUGAGGAGAGAUAUACAGAACGGGGCGUUGAUCGGAAUUUCUCUGACCUGGUUCUGGGGUAGGCGCCCGUGA